UACCGGAAACUGUUCCGUUACUUCCGAUGGGGAAAAUGGCGGCGCGCAGAAUCCGGCAGUUGCUGUGCAACGGCCGGCGUCUAUACAGUGAGGCCUCGGCGACGGAGGCGACGGCCGAACCGGCACCGCCUCCCUCUCUGUACCCGCCCGUGGUAGCCUCUCUCACGGCCAAGAGCCAUGCGGCCAAACUCCGGCGCCGGGAGCUGUGGUUCCAGGACAUCCACGAGGCACCCUCCGUGGAGAUGAAGCUGCGCCUGUACACGAAGCGGCAGCGCCUCAAGUACGUGGUCUACCCGCAGACGUCGGCUAUCAACGCCGACCGCUGGUACCAGAACUUCACCAAGACCGUCUUCGUGCCGGGGCUGCCGACCCUGGAAGGGGCAGCUGCGCCUGACGGCGAAGCCGGCGGCGUGGACGUGGCCGAAUUGCGCUCCGUGGUGUGCGACGUGCUGCUCCAGGAGCGGUUCUACCAGCGCAAGAAGAAGCCCUUCCUCUUCCGCUCCUUCGACCAGGGCCCGGCUCCCUUCCUCACCCACCUGCUGCCUGCCCUCACCGCCCGCCUGGCCAACCUCAACCCCAUCCUCGCUUCCUCAUCCGCUGAUUUUAAAUCAGAGGUAAAUUUCUAUUGGCUGCGUGGUGAGGUGGUUGUGCCUCGUGGACAUCGGAGGGGCAGAACUGAUCCAAUGAGAUUUCAGAUAGAUGAUAAACCUCACUGUCAGCUUCGGAUACCAAAGCAGCUUUCAGAGUUUGUCCCUCUGGACUACGUGGCCCCUGGAGAAGUUCCUGUUUUAAGUGUUUUACCUGACAAACUUCCAUUGUUCAAAAGGCAGUACGACAACAGAAUAUUUAUAGGUUCGAAGUUAGCAGAUCCCUGCAAAUAUGGCCAUACACAAUUUCAUUUGAUUCCUGAAAGACUGAAAAGAGAGAGACUGAUAAGAUUAGGUAUUGCUGAUCAGAUUGAAGUCCCUUAUCGUGCCAAUGGAAUUGCAAGUCUUUUUGCGUGGACUGGAGCACAAGCCAUGUACCAGGGUUUCUGGAGUGAGGCAGAUGUAACCCGGCCCUUCGUGUCGCAGGCUGUGAUUACUGAUGGGAGAUAUUUUGCCUUCUUUUGCUACCAAUUGAAUACCUUGGCUUUAACUGUUGAGGCUGAUAAAGAUAACCCAAGGAAAAAUAUUUGCUGGGGAACUGAAAGUAAGCCCCUCUAUGAGGCAAUAGAAGACAAUGAUGUAAAAGGGUUUGAUGAUGAAGUUCUACUUCAGCUGGUCAGGUUUCUUCUAAACAAGCCAAAAUAAUUGUAACUCAGGCUGGAAAUGAACUGAAGAACUUUGUGCUGUUGAUAGCCAGAAUUGUGUGUCUGUAUGUACCUAUCUGUUGUAUGUACCUAUCUGCUGUUUAAAUGAAAUGUGGAAAAAAUAUUGUGUGUGGGUGGUUU